CACACCCACAAAUUAAGCCACACCCACAGAACCAAUUGUUACAAAAUUUGACUCCCACCCCUGCAUUUAUCUUACUUCAGAAGUAGCCUGUAGUACUAUAUUCCAACCACUGCGCCACCGCGACUCUCAAGGGUGGCAUGUCAAUUGUAGAUCCCAGUGCCAGUUGCCAGAGCCAUGUUUCAACAUUCCAGUAGGCCGCGAAUGGAAGAAGGAGAUGAACUAGCACAAAACUAUGCUCUUUACCCCCGCUCCCAUGAUACCUUGACUGAUGGUAUUAAAGGCAGCCAAGAAGUUAAGAACAACCAGGAUGGGUAGCUCUAUGCAGGUCUAUCAGAGGUCAUCCAAAUGCACGAUCAAUGCCGUUCCUUAUCUUAUAUCUGGGUUUGAAACCCAGGUUCAGAUAAUACAAAGUUAAUGGUAUAGAACAGAUCUUUGUGUUCUACACAUAUUUUAAUAUGUCUCAUUUAUUUUGAUUUACUGUUAUUAAGAUAUUACUAUUAUCAUUAAUUUGGAGGUUAAUUUAUACAUGUUCAUAAAAUGUGCACCCUAGGAUGCACAUUUAAUAAUAUGUAUAAAUUAAUAAAUUAAAUUGACCUCCAAAUGAAUGGUAAUAUAAUAACUCCAAAUGAAUGAUAUGCGUAUGUGUGACAUUUUUAAUAUUCAAGGCAACUCUAUAUUAAUUGAUAUUGAUUUUUUAAACAAUCUUGCAGAGUGGGCAACUUGUGUAGCAUGGUCCCAAGAAAGAAAGAAACCCUGGAGACUUACUAUCAUUUUUUUUAAUAAACAACAACGUCAACAACAAAAGAAAUGAAGCAAGAUGCUAACAAAAGAAGAUAUGUGAUCCUUGUAUCUGAACUUAUAUUUGAAACAAAUAUGGUUUCUGUCAUCCUGAUGAUUCUUGUCUCUAGGGCAAAUUCUAAGUAUGCAAGCAGUUUUUCUGCUUCAACUUUCUGAUCCAAGUGACACUGGAGGAGAAGAAUGAGAAUGACUACUUUCUUUUGACUCCCAGCAGCAUGUCAGGGUACAUACCCAGUUAUUUAGACAAGGAUGAGUUAUGUGUUGUUUGUGGUGACAAGGCCACUGGAUAUCACUAUCGUUGUAUCACUUGUGAAGGUUGCAAGGGUUUUUUCCGAAGAACAAUUCAAAAAAAUCUUCAUCCAACUUACUCCUGUAAAUAUGAAGGAAAAUGUGUGAUAGACAAAGUCACAAGAAACCAGUGCCAGGAAUGUCGCUUCAAGAAAUGCAUCUAUGUUGGCAUGGCAACAGAUUUGGUGUUGGAUGACAGCAAACGACUAGCAAAAAGAAAACUGAUUGAAGAAAAUCGGGAGAAAAGACGUCGAGAAGAAUUACAGAAAACAAUAGGAGUGAAACCUGAACCAACUGAUGAAGAAUGGGAGCUUAUUAAAAUUGUUACAGAAGCACAUGUGGCCACAAAUGCACAAGGAAGUCACUGGAAACAGAAGAGGAAAUUUUUGCCAGAGGAUAUUGGACAAGCACCAAUAGUAAAUGCCCCAGAAGGUGGGAAAGUAGAUUUAGAAGCUUUCAGCCAGUUUACAAAAAUUAUCACACCAGCAAUCACAAGAGUGGUGGAUUUUGCCAAAAAGUUGCCUAUGUUCUGUGAGCUGCCAUGUGAAGAUCAAAUUAUACUUCUGAAAGGUUGUUGCAUGGAGAUCAUGUCCCUCAGAGCAGCAGUGCGUUACGACCCAGAAAGUGAGACAUUAACACUAAAUGGAGAAAUGGCAGUAACAAGAGGCCAGUUGAAAAAUGGGGGUCUUGGUGUAGUAUCAGAUGCCAUUUUUGACUUGGGUAUGUCGCUAUCAUCGUUCAACCUUGACGACACAGAAGUUGCUCUUCUUCAGGCUGUACUGCUGAUGUCUUCAGAUCGCCCAGGUCUUGUCAGCAUUGAAAGAAUAGAAAAGUGUCAAGAAAGCUUCCUCUUGGCAUUUGAACACUAUAUUAAUUACAGAAAGCACCAUAUUGCACACUUUUGGCCAAAACUGCUGAUGAAAGUGACGGACCUACGAAUGAUCGGAGCCUGCCAUGCUAGCCGCUUCCUGCACAUGAAGGUGGAAUGCCCCACAGAACUCUUUCCUCCUUUGUUCCUGGAAGUAUUUGAGGAUUAAAAAGACUGGAAAGAUUCUCAGAGAUUCUAUAGCACUACUGGGUGUCAUUUCAUUCCAUUGCCUAGUUUUUUCUUCUUACUUUUGGUCCAUUCCCAUUUUGUACCGCCUCCUUUGGAGGAUUAUUUUUAAUAGGCAUGAAUGAAUGAAGAUAUCCCUUCAAUGCGGGUACUUGUCACAAUUGCGUUUUUUGUGUGUCCAUUACUCCUUUUGAUGUGAAUCCUUCGAGAGUUUAACCUCAAGAAUUUUAAGUUUAUUCACCAGCACUCAGGCGACCCAUGUUUAUAUUGAUUGUUUGGAGAGAUAUGGGUAAAAUAUUAAUAAAUUGAGGAAGCAAGAAAAGGAUAGAUAAAUCCUGCCAUAUUUUAUACAGUGUUAACUCACUUCUAGACAUGAGACUUCUGCUGAAGAAUUCAGAACAAUCUAGCAAGUGUUAAUCUUGCUGAAGAUCAAAUGCAAUCAGUUUGCAGUUAUAUACAACUUGAACUAUAAUUCAGAUAUAUUGAGUUCAUUGCAGUGUUCUCCCAGAUAACCAAGUAGAGGAUUGCAACUUUAGCUAUGUCUAAUUUCACCUUGCCAUGCUUAAAAAUAGAUAGUUUUAUCCAAGUAAAACUUCCCACCAUAAUCAUAAUUUCAUCAUCAUUUUCAGGUUGUUAUGAGUAUUUUAGACAUUCAAUUCCAGGUAAUCCUCAGUUAAUGGCUGCCCUGUUUAGCAAGUGUUCAAUUAUAGAGACUGAAAAAGUAACUAUGAUUGGUCCUUGCACUUAUGACCAUUGCAGCAUCCCCACGGUUAUGUAAUUGAUAUUUGAGUUCUUUACAAUGAACACAGCAGCCCACAAUCACAUGGUUGCUAUUUGUGCCAGCUUCCAUUAAGCAGAGUUAAUGAAAAAGCCACCAGUAAAAUCACAAGUCGCAGUUGUGUGAUAUCUUGCUUUAAUGACCAUGGGUGAUUUGCUUAGCAGCGUGAGUGACACCUUAAAUCCAGCAGUCAUGUGAUGCUUUGCUUAAUCACCCGAUCCAAAUUAUGGUUGUUUAGUGAGGACUACCUUUGUAAAAAGCUCCAGAAUGCACCCAGUCCUAUUUUUCCCCCAGGUGAACAUAGCUUCUCAUUUCCUCUUAUUCAGUCCAAAAAUAAAAACAAUACAGGAAGAAAUAAGUACAUUUAAAAUUUCCACAGAGCCAAGGCCCUUGAUCUCUUUUCUUCUUAGUGGUAAUUUGGAUACAUUAGAGACAUAGUUAACUAUAUUUCUCCCACUUGCCCAAAAUUAUUUUGAGUUAGUAGCAAGACAUACUACUACUAUUCUCAGUUAUUUUGUGCCCUUGCCAUUUAUAUGUUUUUAAAUAUUCACAUGAUAAUGACUUUAAGGAUUCCCCCUGGUUCAUCCAUUUUGUCUCUACUAGUGCCUGCAAUUCCUAAACCAUAAAACAUGUGCAAUGAAUUAUUUCCAAUUUAAUACAGAAAGGUUUUCUCUGUCUUUUCCCCCAACUCAACAAAAAUUAAUUCCAGUUAUCUGUAAUAAACCUGUUUUGUAUAGUCAUAUAUCUUUUUUCUACCUGUAUACCCUCACCCUUUCAGUGACUGUAAAUCAGUAACCUGAAUCCGAGGAUUUGUGAAUCUCAUUUUAUACAGCCAAGAGAUAUGGGCCUUUAACUUUUUGUGAACAAAGUAUCACACGCUAUGACAUGGAAAUCCGUUUCAAGAAAAAAGAUUUGACAGAAUGUAAAUUGUUAAGGUACAGUCAAGCUUUUGGAUCUUAUUCCAAAUGAAUAGCUAAAAUUCUAGAUUCCAAAUCAUUUUAUCCUCUUUAGUGGUGUUGCACUCAGGUAGACUGUCACUAUGGACAACAUUUGAAUUAUAAUAUUGUUUUCAGACAUGCUUAAUUCCAUUGACAACAGAAGUCUUUUCAAUGUAUAUGCACCCAAUAGUCUCCCAUUCAUGACCACAGUUCAGUGCAGGGUUAGGUGUAUUGCAUUUAAGUUAUUUUUAAUGGUUUAAAUACACUUGAUUUACAAUCUACAAAUGGUAGUCCUUGUCAGCAAAUGUCAAACCAUGCAGUAAAACUUUCAGUCUAUAUGAAUUACAGAGAAGAAAUGCUUCUUAAUGGCAGGCUGACUUCAGUGUUUUAGUUUUUACAAAACAAAUAUCAACAUUCCAGAUUGGUUUCUGUAAAACAGUUUUGGUUCUAUAACAACCUAAAUCAAGAUGUCAGUGAAUUUGCCUUAACAAGGAUUGUUUUUCUUCUAGAUGUUAUCUUCUAUGGUAGUGGUCCCCAAUCUGUGGGCUAUGGCCCUUUACCAUGGCCUAUUCACAACCAGGCUGUAUGAACUGUGAGCCAGCGCAUGUGUGCAGCCCCACUCACACGAAUGAGUUGUAUAAGCACUCACAGUCCCACUCACGUCAGAGGUGGACACCAGCACUUGCAGCUCCACGUGCAUGAGUUCCACACAAAUGAAGCUGUGUGUAUGUGCAUGCUUGCACCUGCCCCUCCCCCAUGCUGAGCUGCCAACCUGGAAAGGUUGGGGAAUGCUGUUUUAUGGGGCUUCAUGGUUAAGGGAUGAAUCAUGUUCCUUUGAUAAACUAGGUAUGCAUACAGAUUUGGCAUAUAAGGAUAUUGUCAUUGGAGAGAUUUUUAUAGACUAUGCAGUUUCUUAUCUUAUACAAAUUUCUGAUAAUCUAAACGUUUACAUAAUGUCAGAAUUGUCUACUAGCUUGAGAUCUCUAAAAAUGAUUGUCCAUAAAAAAAAUUGAAUUGACUUGAAUUUUUUUUCCAAAAUGAUCAUAUCUUUCUAGCCAAAAUAUCUGUCAAGAAUUUUGGUGGCAAUCAGCCCAUUUGGUAAGAAAAAAAAUGAAAAUGUACUAUAUUAUAUGUUCAAUUCUGCCUUCUCAGAAUUUGGAGGUGUCCAGAAGACUGGAUGUUUUCAUAAAAAUAAUGACAGCAUUGCACUAUUGCAUUGCAAAUUUUAGUUCUUUUCACGCAUGUGUGCUUUGUCAUAAUAUGUGAACAUAAGAGGUGGAGCUUAUGGUGGAAUACUGCUUUUAUCACAUAACCUCCUUCACAGAAGUUUUUGUUGCAACCUAGUUCCUUUUAGAUGCAUUGUGAGUUCAAUUCUCAAAGUUACUAGUCAACAUGCCAGAAUAUCACCAAGUUGCAGAAGUAUAGAGAGGCCCUAGAGAGGGGAUUUAUCAUUUUCUCAUUUUCCUAUGCCAUUUUUAUUUUUAAAUCUCCAUCUCUUUUUUAAUGUGCUAUAGAAAAAGUAUGCUGUGCAUAUCUGUUAUUAACUUUAUAGAUAAGAUUAUAUUUUAGCUGCAAACAUAGUAUUUCUAAAAUCUAAGUCUUGCUAUUCAUCUUCCCUGUCCCAAAUAUAAAUAUUUAUAUUAAUGUUUACUUCCAUGUAAACAUGUCAAAGUUUAUGACCUAAAAGAAAAGGGGCAUCCAAUAAUGACUAGAGUACCUCACUUAACCUUUGACCUUAUGUCCCCUGGGGAAAUGUUGAGAUUUUCUUCAAAGUAAAGUAAUAAAUAUGGAAUCUAGGGUUAUUUUUCAGAAGAACUCCAAAGUUUUCCUUUGUUGAAGGGGAUAAGGAAAGAAUCUUGGAUCCAACCUGAUACUUCAAAGCUUUUCAAUAAUGUAUUACUAUAAGAGAAUAUCUACUCCCAACCAUUUAUCUUGAUCAGUAAGGAAUCUCCCUAUUACUUUGGAACAGUUCCAGUCUAGAAAACUAUAAUAUGCUAUGUAUAAAACAUAUAACCAGUCAAGAUCACAAUCUAAUGAAUGAUAUGUUUUGAUUUGCAUUAGCUCUUUAUGAUGUGGUAUUCUAAAGCUUAGCCCACAUUUAAACAAAAAUACAUGAAAUUGGCUCAUUUGGUUUUCAAUGUGCUUUGUGCUAUUCAGACUGUAACAAUCCAUUGGCAUGACAAUCUCAGUGAUCAUUCAUCAAAACUCACAAGCUGCAUUUUGAUUUGUAGAAGCUUAAUCUCUCAACAUCAAUGGCUAUCCCAACCCCAAGAUUCCAGUUGCUCUUAUUUUUUCCUGUGUAACUGGGUUCAUGUUAUAAUGGUUUCUAUUUUUAGUCACACCCGAGAAACAUACUAUUUUAAAUUAUUAGAAUCUGAUACCUCAGGUUUCUUUUUGACAAAUAAAGUGGUGCCAAUCCUGCAAGCACUGGUAUAAGAUUUUAAGAUAUAUCUGGCAGCAUCCUCAGCUAUAGCUUCAAAUGAUUACUGGGAGUGGUAAAUUCUACACCCAUUCUCUGUUGAGAGGUGUUUUGACUAUAAAACGUCUGAAUUUUUGACUAUGCAGCUUUAAUUGUUUAAGAUGUCCCAUGCUGUUCGGGUUUGUUUUCUGCUGUAGGUAUAGUAUCAAGUGGAGCAUUCUACAAAAUAUGUUUUCUCUUUUUAAAAAUAAUUGUUAGCUUAAUGUGUCCUGCUCUAAAUGAUAGAUAUUUAAGCUGCAGUGGAUUUGAUGUUGCAAUUGAGUUCCAUAGUGUUUUUAAAUUGAGAGAGAGAAUAGUGAUGGACUCUACAUGACUUAGCCAUUUUAAAAACAACAGCACUGUGCCAAAAUAUAGGUGUCAGAAUCAGACGCUGAACAUUUGUGAUUUAUCUUUGUGUUAAUGUACUGAAGUGAUAUUAAAAAGGCAAUACAAAGUCAAAAGGAAAAUGGUUGAUUGAUGGAAGGAAAUCUGCCCAUGCAGCUCUGUAGACCACAGGAUGACCACAUUGUUGUUAGGGAUAUAUUUUGUGCUAUGUAAUCUUAAAAUGUAGAUAUCAUAUUGAUAUGCCACAUAAAUUGUCAGUAACAUCAUUCUUAGGGUUUUUAAAUCUUAAGGCUUUUCAGAUGGAGCCAAUAUUUUUUGAAGGAUUAGGCUUUUAUAACCUCUAUCCUCUGCUGGAAAUUAGAAUCAAAAUCUGUGAGACUCGUUCUUGCUUUAUUAGAAAACAAAUACAGUCCAUAUGAUUUUUUAAAAAAAGAUGAAUAAAUUAGGCAAGUCACUAUCAGCCAUUGGUGCCAGAACAAGUUUCUGCCUCAUUUUGAUAGUUAAGAAAAAUGUUGAUAAAGUUGUGUACUCAUUCAUGAUCUACUAAGAAAUAUUUCUUUGCUUGCCUUUUUGCAGCUUUGAAAUAGCAAGACAUACAGGAGACAUUUAGCUAUGUUCUCUUGUAAUUUCUGCUAAUAUUUAAUUGAUCAGAAAUUUCCUCGUGAUAUUAGGAUGAUAUGACCCUUAUAUAAAAUUUUAUAGAGACAUGAUAUCUUAAGUAGGAGGGAUUUAUUUUCGUCAAAAAACAAAGAAAACUAAUUUAAAAUAAAAUAGGCUUUCUUUUUAAAAGACAUAAACAUAAAUAGAGAUUACUAUAAUUUUAAAAAGAUUUGGCCUUUCACUAAGUUUUUACUGUGUUGUAUAAGUGCUAUCAAAUGCAGAGUCUGCCUUGCUUCUGUGUAUUAAUCUUUCUUCAACUAUAUUGCCUUCAGAAGCAGUUUUGUGCAGGUAAAAAGCUAUGUGUGACUAUCUGUUUUGCACAGUUUAACUUUAUAAAGCUAAUUGUUAUUUAUGCACAAGACAAUCAAAUGUAAAUCUACAUCCAUGUAGAUGGAAUUGAUGUAAAUUAUUGAGCACAAUGUAAAACAUUAAAAAUACAUUUUUAUUUUGCAACUGAAAUUAUGAAAGUGAAAAAUAAGAUCAUACCAUGGAUUUGAAAAAAACCCAUGUAAUUCUUUAAAUUAUUUUUCCUUAUGUCAAUUAUUUUAGAAUUCCACAAAUAAUGUUUUAUUUCUUUUCAUUUUAUUAAGAUGGAUGCUGCUGAGCUUUGGAUUAGGCUUGUUAUGGUUUGGAUGUCUUCAGACUAAGUUUGGAAGUAUACAGAUUUAUUAGAAAGGCUAAAGAUUCUGGGAUAAAAUUUAAGUGUUUUGUUUGUUUUCUCCCCUCCCCCCUUCAAACAGUGUUAAAUAUAUGCUAGAUGGGUAAUAUUUUUUCAGCCUAAAAACUAUAUUAAAUCUGUGAUCAUAAAAAUGUUUAAACUACCUGAAGAAAAAUUUGUAUAUUUGGGGAAAGAAUAUAAUUUUUACAUAGCUUUUGUAUGCAGAUAUUAAUAUGCAAUUAUGACUAUAGUGAGCAUAGAUUAUUAUGUAAGCUUGAAUUCUAAAAACAAACAUCUUAUAACUGA